ACCAUCUUUACUCGACCUAGUUACAUACUUUCAUCCUCGCGAUUGAUAUUACCGUAUUCGCUCUCUAUAUCAGUCAUGGCGGCACAGAUGGACACAGAUGAUCUUCCAGUUGUACUCCCUUCAACGACAACUAGCGGUCUCUCAUUGGCAUUACAUCCCUUGCCCAUCUUGAACAUAUCGGAGCACCUUACUCGUAUGAAGCUCCAGACGAGGUCCAACUCACCCUUUGUUGUCGGAGCGCUUCUUGGUACUCAAACUGGCCGUGAAGUCGAGAUUGUCAACAGCUUCGAACUCGCGAUGGAGAGCGAUGGAGAGACCAUUGAUUCAGGCUUUUUGGUCUCGCGGAAAGAACAAUACAAGCAAGUCUUCCCAUCCCUCGAGUUCAUUGGGUGGUACACCGUUGCAUCUCAUCCCACCGCACAACAUAUUGUGCUUCAUGAACAAUUCACAGCGUACAGCUCGACGCCACUGCUACUUAUGCUGCAGCCAUCGUCAGUCUUCAUCUCGGAUGCUCAGUCCUUGCCCUUCAAAGCGUAUGAGCCAACAAUCGAAAUUCGAGAUCGCAAGACUCGUUCAGUGUUUAUUGAAGCACCCUACACUGUGGAGACUGGCGAAGCUGAACGAAUUGCCGUGGACUGGACUGCUAAGGGAGGGUCUGGUGGAACAAGCUUGGAAUCUCACCUUCAGGCACAAAGAGCCGCCGUGAAGAUGCUUCACGAUCGUAUCUUGCUUCUGGUGAAGUAUGUCACGGAUGUCAUUGCAGGAUCUGCCCAAAAGGACCAUGCAACUCUACGCUCACUAUCGGCCCUCAUUGCAUCGCUCCCUGCGAGCGAGAACAGGGAAUUCCGCAAGGAAUUCGACACAGAAUAUGAGGAUGUCCAACUCACAGCCUAUCUAUCGGCCCUCACCAAGUCGGCGAGCAUUUUGAACGAUCUUGUCGAUCGUCAUGUCGUCCUCACUGCAAACAGGGAGGACCGCGGUGCUAUGGGGUCCAGCCGACGGAGGGGGAUGGGCCGUGCUGGCCACGGACCGAUGGGCGGCAUGGGCUUUAUGGGCGGGCCGAUGGGUAUGAUGAGCUCUCUUGCCGACUGGCGGUGAACCUAAUACCCGCGUUGGCGUUGUCUCUUGACAUCGCGCCUCGACCACAGCUCUGAGACCAUAAACUCGUUUUUAAGGCGUUGACUCCAUAUUGCGCUGCUGCUGUGCCAUUACCCACCACUCCUGUAUUCUGCCUCCACGUCGACCAAUCACUUCUGAAAUU